ACGGGUUAAUUUAAGUGUAGGUUAGUCAUAACGGUUUUUUUAUCUGGUUAGCCAUUUUGUGUAUUUUGCUUGUGUCUGCUACGAUCAUGUAGAUAUAAUUUCUUUAACAUUGAGGUCAAUCGUGUUUGUUCGGUCAGUAAGUUAAAAUCCGUAAGGCUAAUGACUAAUUGACAACUGUCGUGAUGUCAAAGCUGUCACUGAACCUCGGGCUCUCGAUAAGUUGGCUUGUUAUUCAGUCUGGAUUUAAGUGAUAAACUAGGUCACUUUCUGACUGGCUGGUUCUGUGUCAUUGCGUAUACUUGUUAAAACAUUAUUUCUAAUUUGCAGGGGUUUUAAAGAAUGUUUUUUUUUUUUUUAUUGAAGACGGACAUUGUCAUCUGUUAUGUUAUUGUUAGCUAUAACUUAGCCUCUAUAGACUGUAGCCAGCUAGCUAACUGCCUGGCAGUGUAACGUUAGCUUGAUGUUACAUGAAAAGGAUUCAAAAGCAGGUCAGUUUCAGCACAAUGAUUUGAUAAUUAUUUAUGUUAUGCAAAACAAAAAUAAUUACAGCAUAGGUAAUUAUAGACGAUAUUUGGAAGUGUUGGUGUUGGCGUAUGCAGAGAAGAGGACUUGACCCAGAGAGCCAUUUUGGACACAGGACUCGGAUCAAAACAAAGAAAGACCGCUGCUGCAUGACAUGCGAUGUGUAACUAAUUCUAUUAGCCUAAAUGUCAAAUUCUAUCUGCUGGUGUUCAGCUAGCCCCUGAUGUCACUCGUCGUGUUGUCAAGACAGAAAUACCUGAAAGAAAGGCACUUUGGUCGGACGAUGGACGAACUGGUCCACGACCUGGUGUCGGCCCUGGAGGAGAGCUCGGAGCAGGCGCGGGGCGGAUUCGGUGACGGUGGUGCGGAGCACGCACUGGCCGUGGGCUGCCUGCUGAAGCGCCAGGCACGCAAGCGGCGCGGCCGCAAGCGGCGCUCCGACAACCCGCACCCGCCCUGGGACGCCUGCCACCUGAGCGACGGCUCUGAGUCCAGUCUUGACGAGGCGGGCGGGCGCCACCACAACCACCAUAACAACAAUCAUCACAACCACCACCACCACAACCAUCACCAUGCCCGGGACCCCCCCAACAACCACAGCGACUCAGAUGACCAGCUGGGGCCCAAGCGCCGCACACCCCUCCAGGGAGGGGACCCCCACGGACGGGGCAAGCGCCCGCUGUGGCACGAGGAGCUCGGUGGUGGCGGUGGCGGGGGUUGUAUGGACAGCCUAGGCAUGCGCAGCCUGCGGCGGCGGAGGAAGGUCAAGCGCAUGGCUGUGGACCCGCCGCAGGAAGUCUCCACCACCACCUGCAUGCUGGCCCCACCUCCCCCCAUGGCACUGCCCAGGGGGUUGCUGGCGAUGGGCUGCGAGGGCAUCGGGGGCACUGCGGCAAAGGGAGGGGUCAAGAAGAGGAAGCUGACGGCAUACAAGCUGGCGUCCGACGUGGCCGAUGAGGGGGUGGUGGUGGAGAGCGAGGAAGGGAUGGGCUCGGGCGAGGCCAAGGACAAGAUGGACUUUGAGGAGCAUAAGGGCUCUGGAGAAGACAUGAGUGACAGGUGUGAGACAAGCAGUGUGAGUAACAGCAGCGAUGGAGGCCUCUUCACCAAUGAUGAGGGGAGGCAAGGCGAUGACGAGCAAAGUGACUGGUUCUAUGAUGGCGAGCCUGGCGGAGCGUGUGGCAUUGCGGGUGUCGUGCCCUGGUGGGAGAGGGACGCGGCGGAGCUCGACCUCAAUGACCCCGUCUUCAACAGCAUCCUCACCGGAUCUUUCCCUAUCAUGUCUAAGGAUGCACAGAGAGGGUUCCAGGCCAGGUUGAGUCGUUUGCAGGGCGGGGCGUCUGGUCCGUCAGGGCCCCAGCACUCACAGGGCGGCUCUGCUGGACCAGGCUGCAUGGACAGACUGGGUCGGCUGUCCCAGGACCCUCAUGACAGACCCUGGUUUAAUCCAGCAUCCAGGAGAGACCACAGCCAGCUGCACUGGGACUCAAGGACAGAUCGGGGGCACCGUAGAAGCUGCUCGUUAAAAACUGCCAGCAGACAGACGAGUGGUCACCUAGGCUCCUUAUGCACAGGGGAUGUGAAGAGGCGGAGGAAGGCAGCACCAAUGGGGGCCCCAGCCACCACAGGAACUGUGGGUGAGAACGCUCCUCCAAUUCCAGAUUCCAACAUGGGGAACCGUAUGCUGCAGAGCAUGGGCUGGAACCCUGGCUCCGGCCUGGGACCCGAGGGCAGAGGCAUCACUGAGCCUGUCCGAGCCCACCAAAGGCCCAAAGGCGCAGGGCUGGGAUUCAACUAGAACCCCAGGCUUUUAGGCCUGCUAGAGCGAAGGAGCAUGUCCCAAACCACACCGCAGGACGAGAGAGUGGAGAGAAAAAACAGACAGUGAAUGAAUGAGGAAAUUGAAUGGGAAGGACUGAAAAAGAAGACUGUUAGAAAGGAUGGCAAAAGGAGAAUGAAAGUGAGUGGGUCAGAAGGAGAAUGAUUGUAAUUCACAUUCAGUGACUCAAAAGAAGUAUGGUUACAGUGGAAGCAUGCUUGUUGUGUGGAAUCACAGGAAAAAAAAAAAAAAAACAAGGACUUAGUAACAUUGAUCUGUGACUGUGAAUCACAGAAAGACUAUCGAUCAAGGAGAACCAGCAUUGGACUGCCAAUGACUGUAGCAUCAGAGAGAAACCAAAUUAGACAUGGACGUAAAAAUCCCCCAUUCCGGAAGAUUGUUGCCCAUAGUGAGGAUGUUAAAAAAAAAAAAAAAAAAUUAUAUAGAGAAGAGAGCUCAAGCUAGUCACCAUGUUCUAGUGGGAAUGUUUGUUUACAUGUUCUCUGUAAAGAUAUAUGUUUGUUUUUAUUUUUUCUCACUCCUUACCUUGUAGGAGUUUUUUUUUAAGUCUGUACUAGCAUACAUAGUAGCUAGAGAUUUGAGUCCGCUAAAUUAAUGUCACUCGAUUUGUAGUUUUUAUUAUGUUUUUGAACACCUAUAAAAAUAUCGGCACCAAGUGUAAACAGAUGGCCUUUGGGUCCAUUCCUCGCCUCCUCCUCAACUACACCCUCAUGAAGGCUGUUAAAUGUCCUUUGCUCCAAAGCCAAAAGCAGUACAUUACAAUUCCUCAUGAAUAGUAAGUCCAUCAUGAAUAAUCUUAAGUCUUUUGAAGUUUAGGUCACUGCUCCGUGGACCAGCUUCCAUCCAAUCGAGACAUUUUGCUCUGAUUUAAUAUGGGGUAGACCCAUAUUUUAAUGUUGUGGUGUAUUUCAGAGUUAGUAAGGCAACUGAAGUUAUUACAGCAAAAUUGUUUUAGGUUGUUUUUUCACUUUUAAUGAUGUCCAUGAACAAACUAGUCAGACCACAUAAAGAUUCAUUGCAUGUUCGGCCUACUGCUGUCUAUUUAGUCAUCGACUGUUUCUUGCAAAUUUGCAGUGUUUUUUUUUUUUUUUUUUUAUAAUUUUUUUUCUGUUCUGUUUCCUGCUAUACUGUAAAUCAUGUUCACCGUUCUAUUCAAACUGAUGAUUGUUGUGCAACAUGCCAAGUAGGGGCAUAAAACGUCACUCCAUUUUAGCUGCCAUGUUUGUAGUUUUUGUUUGUUUGUUUUCAUGAGCUGGGCUGGAAAGCCGAACACUGGUCAUAGUAGAACAUGUUUGAUGGCGAGCUGGACUGUUGAUGAGCGUCUGUAUUAAACUCUGUUAAGAUUCA